AUGAGAGGAGGAAGGACAGUAGUAACACAUAAUAUAUCGGAACCUUUUCCUUCCCCGAGUCCAAGACAAACAUCAAGAAGUUUGAACGAGUCAUCCUCAAACACUAAGGAUGUAAGAAAAUCAACAGCCUCUUCAUCAACACACCAUUCAACAAUCAAAUCAUCUAUACAAUAUAUCGAUGAAGGACCUUCAUUAUACAAGUCAAGGGAAAUUGCUGCUCAAUCUGGAUUGAAUGACAGACCUCAGGCCUGGGAAUCUGGGCCUGUUGUUGGAGCUGUUCCUCAAUCUAAUAAUGAAAUUCAAGAAAAUCGUGCUGCAAUAUCAUCUCUUCAACAAGUUGAAUUUACACCACCUAAAAAUGUAAUUGUUGUGGACGAUUUAAAUAAGCAAACCAGACUACCCAAAUCAUCUACCUUUUCUUCCAUAGAAUCUCUUUCAGUCAUAACAAAUAAUCCUCCAAUGAAUUCUCCUGCCUCAGUCGGAAAUGUAAAUUCAAAUGUUCAGCAACAACCCCACACUCUUAUUCUUGAUGGAACUACAAUCGAUUCAUCGAAAAUUAACCAAAAAUCUCCAACCCGAGCAUCCAGUCCUUCUGUGAGAAUUCCACAAAUCCCUUCCAAGAAACGAGAUUCCAUAUUGAGGAGUAGUAAGCCAAAGAAACCAGACAAUAUUGAAAAUUCUGAACCCCAAGAAAAAGUUUUGUCACUCAUUGAUGUUCAAACAGCAAAGGAUCUUGUAAAUAGUGGUAUUGUGGUUAAUCCAGAACUUUCCCAAGAAACCCUACAAAAACUUGAUUACUUGUCAGAUAAACAUUUUAUGGCAGGAACAGACAUUUCAGUUUUUAAAAAGUCACAUCAGCCUCCAGCAAUACUAAAACCAAAUCAACUUGAUGACACUUAUCUGAGACGAGCCCUAAAAUCAGCAUUUGAAAUUAAUAAUGAUUCGUAUUUGGGAGUAAUAACAGAGAUGGCUGACAAGGCUGCCAGUAAUGCCAAUGCUCUUGUCCAAAUGAUUCCACCUUCUACAAUCCCAAAGGAAUUUUACAUCUUUUCAAAUUCACCAAUAUAUGAGGGACUUGUUAAGGAGGGUAAAUUUGAUUUCAAUGAGAAGGGACAUUACUGGGAGAAGGUUGUUUUUCCAUCUGCCAACCCUUCAAAGAGAGUUGAAGUGUACUUACUUGCCAAGGCAAUUGAUUCAAUGUUAAAAAAGGCAAGAAAAGAAGACAAAAAUAUUCAUAACAAUGAGGAAUACUACAAGUCGAUUGUUGAAAACAUCAACAAAUCAUUUAUUGUUCACCUGGAUAGUUUAUUCGAGGUUGCUAGACAGGUUUUUUCAACAUGUGUAGAGAGAGGUGUCAUCAUACAGAGAAUCCACAUAUACUUUAAGGAAUUUUUUGAUAUUACAAGAACUCUAUUACAGGGAGAAAGAAAAAAGUCAACUGAGUUAAAAAAAGUCAUAAACCAAUACGAGAAGGUAGUAAAAGAGGUUAGUGAUGAAAAAUUGAAAAUGAAGCAAGAAUUGGAAACGCUGUUAACAAAGAGUGCAACAAUAGUGUCUGAAAAUGAAGAAUUCAAGAAAAAAAUCAGUCAAAUUCCUCAAUACGAAGUUGUAAUGAAUUUAAUUCAAAAUAAGAAGAAAUGGGAAGAGUUUGUUAAUGAUGGAGGUGAAGAUUUGUUUGACGAAGAUGGAGUUGGAGGUGAUAAAAAAGGAGUAACACCUAAGAAGAGGAUGGCCAAGCAACGAAGUCAAAAUGGAGAAGCAGACUCUGUUUCUGGAAAUACUGCUAGCCAGUUAGAAAAAAGUUUUGGAAGAAUUAUGAAACUUAUUUGGACAAACAUCAAAGAAACUAUUACAAGUACUAUUGACUUGAGUGGUUAUUUUGAAAAUUUAGGGCAUGGACACCAAAUUAGAACUAAUAUAGAUUCUGAGCGACUUCAAUACAUGGACUCUGAUGCCCAAAUACUUGCUCAAAAUACUCUCAAUCUGCUCUAUGAUAUUAAUGGAAGACUUGGAGAAAUCAAACGAAUUGGUAAAAAGCAUCAAGAUAUGCUUGCUGUCAGACAAUUUGCAGAUUCAGAAACUCAAACAGAUUUAGAUCCCAAUAAGAGAAUACUAAGAGUACAACUUGUGCCACGUGAAAAUUCGGAGAGGAAGAUUAAAGUUGUAUUUUUUGACUCGAGAGAUGACACACAAAUGAGUUUUACAACAAAAGAACAACUUAUUAAGAAGGAAAAGGAGGUUGUAAAAUUGCAAGAUCAAAUUUGGAAAUUAAAGCAAGAGCUUGAGAAUGAAAGAGCUUACAGUGACAAACUUGCUAAUGAAAUAAGAGUGAAGAAUGAGGUAAUUUCUAGGAAUGGUCUGGAAUCUGAAGCAAAGAAAUUGAGAAAGGAAAGAAGGAAGGAAGAAGAACGAAAGAAGAAAAAGAAGGAAGAAGAGGAACCAGUAGCAUCAAACUGGCCAACACCAGCUGUUAUUACAUCUUCCGAACCUUCUAUCAGACACUCUAUUGAGUCAAUACCCAAAAGGCUAACUCCCACCAAACCAAAUUCUUCCACAAACCAAGCAUCACCAAGCCCUCACAAAAAGAAAAAUACCAAAGAGCCGAGAUCAAGGAAAAAGGAAAACCUCAAAUCCACUGAAAAGAAGCCAAUAGUUUCUUCAAAGAACUCGUCGAGACCGAAUACAAAUCAUGCUGACACUCCUCCAGAAAGAACUCUUGAAACAAAUGAGCCUGUGAAUAGAGUGAAAACUCCUCAAGCAACCCCAUCUCGCCAUGAAACAGUUGUAAAUGACAAUGUAAAACAAAGAAUUGAAAAUAACCCAAGCAUAGUUGAUACAGUGAGUACAAGAGCGGAAACAAGAGAAACCAAUCUACAUUCUCAGGUUUCUCAUUCUUCUCUUUCUAGUUAUGACGAUCACAGACUUGAGGAUACACAUUCAGGAUUUACAACAAGAACAGAAAAUAGAGAUGAUUCUGGGUCACAAGAAAACUCUGAUGAUGAAACAUCUCAAUACAGUAAUGAUAGUGAUGACUCUUUAGAAAUGAUGAUGAGAGAAAGAGAACAUUUUGUUGACACCCCUUCUUCUUCUCACUCGACUGAUCGCUCUAAAAACAACUCAGUUGCAGAUACACAUAAGGGUACAAAGAAGCCAAUUAAAAAAGAUGAAAUUAUUAAGAAAGGUGGAAAGAUUAAUGAACCUCAGAAUCAUAAUACCCAUCAAAAUAAUAAUCAUGCUACUAAGAGAGAACAAAUCCCUACGAUUCACCCCCAUGUUCCACACAUUAUUGAAAGCAAACCCUACGAAGAAUCGCCAAGAAAAUAUACCAAUAACAAUGGCAAAUCAAAAGUUGUCGAACCACCCACAAAUUUUAAAUCUCCUAGAUCACCAAGACCAAAUCUUGUCAGUUCAUUUGUUCAGACAGAUGAGACGAUGUUUGCUGCAACCAAAAGCCCAAGCUUUGAUGAUAUUGAAGAAGUCAAACAAGUUGAACCAAACCAGUUAAGAAAACUUGAUCAAGCAGAACAAUUAAGAGCCAAACUUAAACCAAGAAAUCAGAGAAUGCUUGAACUUUUCAACAGGCUAAGAGAAAAGAGAGGAGAAAAGAUUAAGCCAUUACCUUGGUUAUUGAAAUUUAUGUAUGGUAUAUACAAAUCUAAACUUGUAGCAUGUAUAUCUGAUGAGGAAAAGAAGAUGAUCACAGUACCUGAAUUUAUUUUUGAGCACUUGAAGCAAAUUUAUGGUACUAACAAGUUGGUGGAUGAAUAUGCUUUACAAUUACUAAUGUCUGUUAAAAAAUUUGGACGAACAGACAGGAGAGUUGAACUAUUCAGUAGAUUUAUUAAUGAGGACUGGAAUGUAAAUAUUGUAAACUUUUACCUCAAGGUAUGGAGAGGAUUAGAAGACUCAAAGGUUGGUCCUGAAUUUGGACAAGGAAAGGCUGGUGAUGAUGGCGCUGUGCCACAUUUCGUAUCUAGAAUUAGAUGUCUUCAUGUUCUCAAUACCCUUCGUGCAGAAAUUAAUCCAAUUCUUUCAUCGAUAAUUAAGGAAAUGGAUCCAAAAUGUGUUACAACAACUGAUGACGAAUUUUACAGAGCACUCUUGUACGCUGGUUACAGAGCUGCAACAGAACUAAAUCCAAUGGAAGUUUGGGGUGUUCCUUUGGCAAUAGCAAAACAAAAGAUCUUGAAAGUUGACUUUUUUUUCAUAGUUUGUGAAUGUAUUGCAAACUACAUGCUUUCAACUGUCGAAACUGAAGAUCCAGUAACAUUUGAUGAAAAAACUGGUUGGAGUUCAAUUAGUUUUGCAUUCAUGGAUGAAGUUAUUUUGAAGGGUGAUAUUUCACUCAUCAAUCAAGAAAAAUUAGCAAAGGAAUAUAUGGAUCAACAAUUUAAGAAGAAACCACUCACUACAUCUCAAACUAACAAAUCAAAAGGUUUGGAUAUUGUUGUAGAAACUGAAGAAAAGGUUCUCCAUCCAAAUGUUAUAAAGAAGAAUGCUUUGAAUUCACUUGUAAAGAAAACUCAUGGUACAGAACAACCAUCAACACCACCAAAAUCUACAUCAUCAUCCACCUCAUCAUCUUCUCCAAUGGUUGUUACCUCUUCUCCUCCAGUUAUUGUUGAAAAGAAGACUGCCUCUGUAAGCACUCCAAACAAAUCAACAAGCAAUAAUACAGAAGAUGCACUUACUCAAAUUGAAAAAUUGGCAGCCUUAAAAGAAAAAGGAAUUCUCACUGAAGAAGAAUUUGUUGCUAAAAAGAAACAAUUACUUGGACUAUAA